AUGGUCGAGGAGAACUGGCGGCCGGGAUUAAAAGAUGCUGAAUGUUAUUUUGCAUGCGAUCCGACAUGCGGCUUUGUUGGGGAAGUGAAUGGAAAACCCGUAGGCUGUGUUACACUCACGAAAUACGGUGAUACCUUUGGGUUCAUAGGAUGUUAUAUCGUGAGCAAGGAGCACAGGGGAAAAGGUUAUGGGAAGGCGAUUUUUGACGCCGCGUUAUCAAGCGUCAAGCCCUCGCGACUUCUUGCGCUGGCUGCAUUAUCGCAUCUAGAAAAGAUGUAUCAGAAGACAGGCUUUGAAAGUGUAUUCUAUGGAACAAGGAGGAGCAGCAGCAACCAAUACCAGUCGUUUGUAUUGACACCUUCUCAGAAAAAGGAAAACAGCUUGCUUUAA